GAUGGCGGCGCCCAUGUGGCAAUUUUUUGUUAUUGCCAUAUGGCUCAAAAUAAACAUUUUUAUGUCAGUUAACAAUGCUGAGUCUCUUGACAUGAGUCAGGGAGUGGUCCAGGUGGAUGUUCUAACACCUUACGCAGAUGAAUUCCACGGGUCACCUCACAGUCCACGUCAUGCCCGAGACUGCCAACCAAUCAAGUAUGCCAACUCUACCAUCGAGUCGCAGGCAUCCCAUGGAUUCAGUGCCUCUCAGGUCACCCUACCCAUCACAUCAACUAGGCAAUUCAUGGACAGCUCAAUAUAUUUCAGAACUUCCUUUGGUCAUUUGACUGUUGUGAAUGAUCCCGCGCGAACGCUGUCAGUGCUGGAACCCUUUCAAAAAGAUGGCUGUUCCUUAGGAUUAAGAGUGCCUGUAACGAGGUCUCGAUUACAAAAAAACUGUCUGUUGGCAACAAACGCCGGCUUCUUUAACACGCAUACUGGUGAUUGCUAUGGAAACGUUGUGAGUGAAGGGAGGCUCGUUAAAAAUGGACAUGGAGUACAGAAUGCCCAUUUUGGCAUCAGAGCUGACGGGAGCUUAGUUUUCGGGUAUCUUUCAGAGUUUGAUCUUCUUGAUGAGGAGAAUCCAUUUCUUCAGCUGGUAGGGGGUGUAGGGUGGCUAUUGAGGGACGGAGAAGUUUACGUGGAGGAGAGCAAGAAAGUAGAGUGUAAAAAAUCAGAGGAAACAGGUUCAAUAGAGUCUUUUUUUAAUGUGGUUGCGGCCCGGAUAGCUGUAGGAAGUGACAAAGAGGGUCAUGUUAUUAUUGCUCAUGUGGAUGGCAAGUCUGACUCAACAGGAGUUUCUCUUGAAGAGUUCGCUCAACUUCUUAAGCGUAAUGGAGUCGUGAAUGCAAUUAAUCUGGAUGGUGGUGGUUCGGCAACCUACGUCAUCAACGGAACAGUGGUUAGUUAUUCUACGGAUGAAUGUGCGGACCGUGUGUACCGAUGUCCAAGGGCAGUCUCCACCAUACUGUGCGUGCACGAGCCAGAGUGUGACCCGCCAAACUGCAAUAAUCAUGGUGAAUGUGUGAUGGGUGAAUGUCAUUGCCAUGGUAACUGGGAAACUCCUCGUUGUGACAAGCUAGAUUGUGGCUUGUUGAACUGCAGCAAUAAUGGUUUAUGUACAGAAGAUGGGUGCAAGUGCAAUAAAGGUUUCAUGCCACCAGACUGUUUUCAGCCGUGUGAUCAAGGCACCUUUGGGCAGGACUGCCUGACACCGUGCCCGUGUGAACAUGGCGGGGACUGUGACCCCAUCACAGGGAAAUGCCAAUGUCUUCCGGGAUAUGCAGGCAAGCACUGUCAGCUGAUCUGUCCAUACGGCUACCAUGGUCCCGACUGUAAGCAGAAAUGCAAGUGUGAUGAUGCUGCCUGCGCUUGUCAUCAUAUUACUGGAUUGUGUACAUUUGGCAGCAAUGAUACUGCCUAUGCGGAACUUAUGAAAGCUGGACAGUGCCUUGCCAAUCGUGCUCUUAAUGCCCAAAACCUCAGCCCGGAGAAAACCUUCUUCCAAGAACCCUAUGCAAUAGUUUGUGUGGUUGCCACGGUGAUAGCAGUGGUUAGCCUGAUGUGCAAUAUAGCCCUUCUCUGUUAUCGCUGUGCUUGCCGCAUUACGUCUCAUCCGUACCUGGUGUGUCCAACAUACAGAAGGGCUCGCAAGUAUCACAUGAUCAAACAGAGAGAUCUAGAAUUUGAUGAUACAGAAGAGACUGAGUCAAGUUUAUGAGUUCAGUUGAUAUGGAUGUUGACAUUCUUAGAGGCCUUUACAGUAUGACACAAUAAAACGGAACAAUCUGCGACUCACUAAGUUGACCCAAGUUGUCGCGUUGUCGUAUGUUUGAGUCAAGCUAAACCAUCUGGCCCUUUUACCCAAACCCUUCGGGUCCGUCUCAGGCUUGGCUCCAUUAUACAUUUUUGGAGCAGCCUGUUUUUUUGCACAGUGGUUCAAACAAUAGUACAGAGACUGGAGCCGAGGUUUGAGAAAGGCCUCAUGGUUUCUAUUAAAAAAGGAAACGGAUGCCAGACGAGCAAGUAUGCUUAUCACAUUGUCAGUCAGAGUACAGUAAUUAAAUCAAUGAUACGCACAACACAUUGUCAGUCAGAGGACAUACUGUUUAACAUUAAAGCAUUACUCAAGUUGUAGUGACUCACUGACUAUGGCUCACAAUUUCAUUGCUCAUUUGAGUAUUAUAGGGGCUGAAGAGUCAUGGUUGCUCAUUGGCUCAUUGGCUCAUUGGCUCAUUGGCUCAUUGGCUCAUUGGCUCAUUGGCUCCUUGUUGUGACAAUUCUUUUGCAUAAUCAAAAUUGAGUGACUUCAGUUUUGAUGGUGCAGAAGCUGAGCUCGCUUCAAAUAAAAAAUGUUGUUGCGUUGAACAAAGACAAAUUUACUAGAGCGGUGUGUGAAUCAACGACCUCCGGAUUAAUGUGCUGGAGUUCUAUCAACUGAGCUAUCACUAUGUUGGCACCCGCCCUAUUUUGCCAACAUCGUUGUUCGAGACAAAGCAUGACAGAUGAGGGUUUUUCCAAAUCACCAGUUUCUAUAAAAGUACUGUACGAACUAUAUCAUAGCAAAUACAUUAUUUGUAUAAAUGGACAUUAAUCUUGGGUCUAAUUUGUUUCUGGGGAAGGUACAAUAUAAAUUUCGGAAAUUUAUUGGUAUUUCUGUAGUGCUUUUUUUACAUAGAAGAAGAACCCACUAAGAAAGUCGGACAUUAUUUAUAUCCAUGUUCAUUUAAUUAAAUUACUUUAUACAUUUCUGGUGCAUUAUAAGAAGUUAUUUUUUGUUUCUUUGGAAUGUAUAUUUUGUAAAUCUUGAGAUUUAUCUAUUUCUGUUUCUUUAACCCUGAAGAGCCUAAUAUUUAGGUUUUCAUAACGUUUGUGAAUAUCUUUAAAAUGUUGGUAAAGGUUUUUAUUAUUAAUCAGUUUAAUGAAUUAACUUAAUAAUGACGGUGUCUCAAUUAGGUAAUUUUAUUUAAAUUUAACUUCCAUUUUACUGUUGAAAAUCUUAACAGUUUUUCAACAACUUUGUAAUAAGACAAUUUUAAAACGAACUCCCUUUUUUGAAAUAAUGAAUCGACGUUCAAAGUAAAGACAAAGACAAUGUUAGUAUUGGUAUUAAUAAUGAUGUUUUCUGUUCAGAAAUAAGGUCAUUAGUGCAAUUUGCAUGGAUCUCAUAAAUUUACUUUUGCUUAUUUUGGAGCUCCUGGUAAAUAGUGCUUAUUUCCAAAAAGAAAUAAUUUGUUUUCCAUAGUAAAACAUCUGUUAAUUUUGAGUUAUUUGUUUUAAAUCUGAACAAAUAAUAGUAUUAGGUUUUGCAAAUUGCUUACCAACCUAAAUGACCUAUGGUAUUGCAAUAGAAAUUAGUGGUCUGAUGUUUAACCCCAGCAGAGUCUUUUUCAAGGGCUUAAUUUGUAUGAUGUUGUACUCUUGAAGUUUCAGGGAAUAGUCUAAUAAAUAAAUUAUAAUCAUUACAUUUAAAUGUAUUUUGAUAACAUCAAAUUGUGUACCCCAAACAAUGUUUUGUUUUUUAAAUUUAAUUUCACAUGCUUCCUCUUCAUGGCCACUACUAUUUUCAAGGCAACUUGGCCACUUAUACCUAAUGGUGUUAGUUUAAACCCUACUGUUGUGUGUGAACAGUUCAUGUAGUUUUGUAGGGUAUCAUACUCUUUAACCAAUCUGGCUGUUUGUUCUGCAAAAUAUGGGCAAGAUCAAAGAACAAUCUAAAUGUUAGAUAAUAAUAAUAAUAUGGAUUUACAAUGCUCCCUUCUCCAGAAAACCAAUCAAGGCGCCUACACAAAAAGAAAAAGCAUAAUACAAUAGAAAAUGAAGAAUAAACAUAAUUGAACUUAAAUAAAACCCAAUGAAAGUCGAAGUGAACAGGUGUGUUCUUAGUUCCCACUUGAAGUUGUUGAGUGAUGUUGUUUGGCGAAGUGAGACAGGGAGCUUAAUUCAUAGGGCAGGACCAUUACACUCAACCAGCUGUCAAACUUAUUAACCAACUAAGAAAAAAUUAUCAACAACUAUCAGGAACUACCACAAACCAGGAAAUAUAGGGGGGGGGGGCAGUGUUGUAGUCAAGACCUGAAGGUCACCGAGACACAAGGUGGAGGUUGCCUGAAAAUUUCACAGCACUUCGAGGGCCUAAAUUUCUGAAAUUAAAAACAAGUACUCCAUAACUUUGUUGAGUAGUUCUAAAAGAAUAUAAUUAUUAAAGUCUGAUAUUGAGCUAAAUUGGAUGAAUCAGCUGAGUUGUAAAAAAGUAUAGGCCUAUCUUUCAAAUUUGGACAAGAAAUUUCUUGAGAAAGUAUAUAAUUUUUAAUUUGGACAUCAAUCACACAAGCUUUUGCAUUUUAAUGUUUCCAAAUUCAUCCUAUUGAUUGCCUUGUUGAUGUUUUCAGGACCCCACAAGGGUCCUUUUUGUACAAAAUAAGUGAUAAAAGUGGUUACAAGAUAUGGAAAGUUUUCCGACCGAAUAAAAAUUAUAAAAGAG